AGCUUUUAUUCUCGAAUAUGGUUAUGGUUAGUUUGCGGGUUACGUCUUCUGCUAACAGAUUAUAGUUGACAAUUUUGUAAAACUUUAUGAGUUUUUAUAUAAUUCAUUAAUGCACGACGAGCCGUAAUAUAACAGACACCAUUUAUGUACUAAAUUUUCACAUAAUUUAUAUACCAUAAUUUAUAUAUCAAGUUUUCACGAGAAACUCAAGCAAUGUUUUUCAAGAAAAUCUUAAUGCCAUGCGGGCUAUGUGCGGUACCCGCGGUGAAACCAGCAAAUCCGUCAGAAGACGGAAUGUCGUACAGUAACGAUCCGGGAGUCAAGAAACUAAUUCGCCCAUCCGAACUACCUAUUUAUACCUUUGAAGACGAUUACGCUAAACAGAUCCCAUGUACAGAAUGUUCACCCUCAGUCCUGGAGCAGAACGUAUCUAAAAUUCGCAAGUCGAUUCAAGCAGUUGCAUCAGAAUAUCAACAUUACACUGGCGUCGUUUCGGAUACCAUCGACAUUGGUUUUGAACACAGCAGAUCUCUUUUAGAUUAUCUACGUGAGGAAAGUAACGUUAUGCCACGAAUGGGCGCUAUCGCUAUUGGUGGAAUAGCUGGGUUAGUGCUUGGACUUAGAGGACGCAAAUUCAAACGAAUAGUAUAUUCUAGCGCGGGUGCUCUUUCUAUAGCAGCUAUCUGUUAUCCGAAGAAGGCAGAAGAGGGAUUCGACAUGGCUAAACAUUACGUGAACGUCGGCUAUAAUUUUAUUUAUGGCGUCAAACCGGGUGACAAUCGACAGCUGCAAAUCACAAUACCGGAAAUGCCGAAAAUGCCAACAUCUUUUUCAGAAUUUGCAGAUUUAACGAUUGUCACAGGUUCAGCAGUGGCUACCGCUGUUGGUAGCUUCGCACAGAAUACAUACGCAUCUUUAAGCGGUAACAAGGAGGUAGGAUGCAUUUCACGUAGAGUGGAUAUGGUAACUAUGAACUCCGAAAAAUCGGCUUGCCGCCGAAAACCAAUAGAGAAAAGUAGCAGCAGUAGCAGCAGCAAGAAGGCGCCCGAGCAUGUUGAAGAUGUGGAUAAAGGAAAUGAGGACGAUCGUGCGAACGAUUCCCCGGAUUUGUCCCCCAAUACCCCCACGCACAACGUCACUGCCUCUUGCGCCGAAGACACCCCUAAUUACCUUGUUUACAAAAAGAUGGAGUCGAUUGUGGAAAAGAUGUUGGACGAAUUCACCGGUGUGCCCGUAAAAACAGUUAAGACCUUCAUGACGAAGACGCCGUCUGUUUUUACAGGUGCAGAUCUUAUAGCAUGGAUGAUGAAGAGCAUGGAUAUCGAUGAUCAAGAGGCUCUUCACGUGGCUCAUCUUAUGGCAUCCCAUGGUUAUUUUUUUCCUAUCGACGACCACUGCCUUACCGUAAAGAACGACAACACAUUCUACAGGUUUCAAACACCGUAUUUUUGGCCAUCGAAUUGUUGGGAACCUGAGAACACUGAUUACGCUGUCUAUUUAUGCAAAAGGACGAUGCAGAAUAAAACGCGAUUGGAAUUGGCGGAUUACGAGGCGGAGAAUCUGGCUCGAUUGCAAAAGAUGUUUUCGCGAAAAUGGGAAUUUAUUUUUAUGCAGGCAGAAGCGCAAAGUAAAGUUGACAAGAAAAGAGAUAAAUUAGAAAGAAAAGUCUUGGAUAGCCAAGAAAGAGCCUUCUGGGAUGUACAUCGGCCAAUGCCCGGAUGCGUAAACACGACGGAGCUGGAUAUUAAGAAAGCUUGUCGUAGUAAUAAAUCUGUCGUACAACCAAGUAAGCAUUUGCAACUGGGCGUCGCCGGUGGCAAAAUAUCGCCGUCUGCAGAAACGAGUGCGACCACAUCGAUAGAAUUUUUGCAGAAGGAGAUCGAAACUCUGAAAGACAGACUGCACAAGCCCGUCAUCAAGGUCUCGAAAGUAGCCGAAGCUUUGAUUGGGUACUUUGAACAAUACAUGGAGUACGAUCCCUUUUUCACCCUACCCGAGCUCACAAAUCCAUGGAUAACCGACAGCCCGGAAAUGUGGGAGCAGGAGAAAUUAGCGAAAGAAAUACCUAUGAGAAGAGUAAAGAGGUGGGCGUUCAGUCUUCAAGAACUCUUACAAGAUCCCGUUGGUAGAGAACAAUUUAUACGCUUUUUAGAUAAGGAAUUUAGCGGCGAAAAUCUCAAAUUUUGGGAAACCGUUCAGGAAUUGAAAACUUUACCGCAGAAAGACGUCCAGAUGAAAGUCGAAGAGAUAUGGCGUGAAUUUUUGGACACGGAUGCCAGUUGUCCCAUCAAUGUCGAUUCUCGGUCUUACGAGGUUACCAAAAAAAGUCUCGAAAACCCAGACCGAUGGUGCUUCGACGUUGCUGCGGCGCAUGUAUAUCAUCUAAUGAAAAGUGACAGCUACUCGAGAUAUUUACGCUCGGAAAUGUACAAGGACUUUCUCAAUGGAUCCAAAAAAAAGACUUCCGUAAAAGGCAUUCGCUCUAUCGUUUCCUUCACAGGACGAAGAGACACAGCAACUUCGUAACCUGCCACUUUCUAGCACUUAUUAUAAUAAUCUUACAUCUCUACUUGCUACUCCGCUUCUUCUUUUGUUUCCGUCAAAAACUGCACAAAACUGACAAGAGA